CAUUAAGGUGGCCGGAAGUACCUGACUCCCACCCGGAGUCAAAGAAGGAAAACGGCUCCACUGGAGAGCUGGGAGGAGUGAGGGGCGAGGCAGGAGCACGAAGCACACAGCCUUCUCCUGUGGUCAGGGGACUCCUGCUGCUGGCCUUCUCGGAAUGGGCCGCCCAGGGAGGGAGACCCUGUCUUUCUUCUUUAUGUUAGUGCCCAUGUGCCUGCAUGAGGCUUUGUCAUGGGAAGCCGGCCCUGCAGGGCACAGCACACCGUUGGAGAGGCUCCGUCAACUGGAAGAGCGGUUUCGGAGGUUCCAAGAGGUGACCUUAACACACCUGCAGAGCAUUGCCAGCAACUACAACCUGUCGUACAACAUCGACGCCCGGUUCUGGAGCCUGGCCCAGGAGAGCCGGGCCAUAGCUCUGGCCGUCAACCAGUCGCAGGCUGCCGUGCAGGGUGAUCUGGGCCACCUCAAGACCUGGAUGCAGAAGACAUGGCGCAGAAGCCGGAAGGUGGACUCCAGGCUGAGGGCCUUGAGUGCCGCCCUGAGCCAGAGGAGCAAGCAGUGCACCCGGGAGAGGAAGAAGCAGGAGGCACAAAGGGCUGCCCUCUCGGGCCUGGCCCUGGACGUGCGGGCCCUACAGGACAUGCUGGCUCGCCUUACGCCCCUCGUCCAGAGCCAGGGCGCCAGGCUGGCUGCUCUCAAGGGGCAGCUGCAGGUGGCUGGUCCUGGCACCACUGCCCCGGGGCUGACCCCGGCCCAGCCUGGGCCACCAAGCCCAAGGUCCCCAAAGCCACAAGGGGAUAGGCAGGCUCUCAGAACUUUGCCUGAGCCCGGGGACCGGCCUCAGGACUUUGCUGGCCGUCUCCCAGGGACACGGGAGCCCCCAGACCCAGGCAGCCAGCGGGCGUGGCCCCCCGAGAGACUGGGAGAAAGUAAGUACCAUGGGCCUGCUCUCGUUUGCAAUGUGGGCCCAGUGCUCAUCUUCCCCAACGCCUCCACCGAGAACGUGGUCUUCCUCAGCCCCAGCUUCCUCUCGGGCCUGCAGGCUCUGUCUGUCUGCAGCUGGGUCCGCACGGCCUCGGGCCACCUGGGCACCCUCCUCUCUUACGCCACCGAAGAAAAUGAAAACAAGCUGGUGCUGCACGGCCGGGACUCCCUGGUCCCCGGCUCCAUCCACUUUGUGAUUGGAGCCCCAGCCUUCAGGGAGCUGUCCCUGCAGCCACUCCUGGACGGCCAGUGGCACCACGUGUGUAUCAUCUGGACAUCAAUCCUGGGCAGGUACUGGCUCCACAUGGACCGCAGGCUGGUGGCCACCGGCUCCCACUUCAGGGAGGGCUACGAGAUCCCUCCAGGAGGGUCCCUUGUGCUGGGCCGGGAGCAAGACAGCGUCGGGAGCGGGUUUGACAGCUCUGAGGCCUUCGUGGGGAGCAUGGCAGGCCUGGCCAUCUGGGACCGGGCGCUGGUCUCUGGGAAAGUCUCAAAUCUUGCCACUGGGAAGGAGCUCCCAACGGGUGCCAUCCUGACGCUGGCCAACGCCACAUCAGUAGGCAGAUUCGUGCAGAGGGUGAACUGCACCUGCCCCGAGCUCUGUCCAUGA